GGUCCUCGAUUUUUGAGGCAAUUGGAACAAACAAAGAAGGAUAACAACUGCGAUUUCAGUGACUCGUACAAAUUUCUCUCCAAAGAUAACGCAAUCUCUCUUCUCUUCUCUUCUUUCUUUCUUUCUUCUUCACACACACACACACACCAACCAUCCAUGGUACCCUGUUCAAUAACGACCCCUUCUUCUUUUUCAUCACUGGUUGCUGCUGCAAAUGCAAUCAUCCCUCGCCACGUCAUCUUCUCUCGCUCUUCUCAACUCCCCCUUCGCCCUCCUUCCCAUUCCUCGUCUUCUCUCAUCAACUCCAAUGCCUCUCGCCAUUUCUACCAAAAACCCUUUCCUCAGGCCCAAGCCCAGCCCAGAACACUCUUCCCUGGCGGAUACAAGAGGCCCAAACUUCAAGUCCCCACUCUUAUUCUCCAGCUCAACCCCGAUGACAUUCUGACACGUGACCAAUCCGCCCUAGACAUGAUCGAUAAGGCAGUUUCAAAAUCAGUUGGAAUUGUAGUUCUCUCUAGCAACGAACAAAGCGGUGGGAAGCUCUACGAAGCCGCUUGCAUGUUGAAGUCACUAGUUCGUGACCGCGCUUAUCUCUUGGUCGCCGAGCGCGUCGAUAUUGCCGCCGCCGCUGUUACCAGUGGCGUUUUGCUCUCUGACCAAGGUCUUCCUACUGUUGUUGCUAGAAAUACAAUGUUAGGUUCCAAUGCUGAAUUGGUGGUUCUUCCAUUGGUGGCUAGAUUUGUCCAAACUGUAGAUACUGCUGUAAAUGCAUCCAAAUCAGAAGGUGCUGAUUUUCUUAUAUAUGGUGGUGGGGAUUUGAAACGUUUAAAUCAGGAAAUUGGUAAAGUAGUUAAGAAUGUGAAGAUACCUAUAUUUGCCUCGUGUGUGGGGAAAAACAUGUCAUAUGCCGAGGCUUUGAGCUUACUUGCUUCUGGUGCUAGUGGUUUUGUUACUAGUUUGGAAGGAUUUGGGUUGUUUGAUGAUGAUUUCUUUCAAAAACUAUUUGAUGGUGGGUUUUCAAAUGAUGAGAGAACACUUGAUGAUCGUGGCGGUAAAAUUGAUAAUAUUAAAUUAGUAAAUAAUAGUAAUGGUUUGCAGAGCAAAGCAGAGGUUGUGGGUGGAUUUAUUAAACUGGAGGAUAGAAAGAAACAGUUAAUAGAAAUGGAGAGGUCGGUGUUGAAUGAAGCUAUUAAAGUUAUAAAGAAAGCUGCACCUCUGAUGGAGGAAGUUUCGCUUCUUGAUGAUGCAGUUUCUCAGAUUGAUGAGCCGUUCUUAUUGGUUAUAGUGGGGGAAUUCAACUCUGGUAAAUCUACUGUGAUUAAUGCAAUUCUUGGAGAAAGAUAUCUCAAACAGGGGGUUGUUCCAACAACUAACGAGAUCACAUUUUUACGAUUUAAUGACCUAGAUAUUGAAAAGCAACGUUCUGAAAGGCAUCCAGACGGUCAAUUUAUUUGCUACCUUCCUGCUCCAAUUCUCAGAAAUAUGACAAUUGUUGAUACACCUGGAACUAAUGUAAUUCUUCAGAGACAGCAGCGUCUUACUGAGGAAUUUGUGCCUCGUGCAGACUUACUUCUUUUUGUUAUUUCAGCUGAUCGCCCCUUAACAGGAAGUGAGGUUGCUUUUCUUCGUUAUUCACAGCAAUGGAAGAAGAAAGUGGUAUUUGUUUUGAACAAAGCUGACAUAUAUCAGAAUAAUCAUGAGCUUGAGGAAGCAAUGUCCUUCAUUAAGGACAACAUCAAGAGAUUGCUGAAUACGGAAGAUGUGAUAUUAUAUCCUGUAUCUGCUCGAUCUGCUCUUGAAGCUAAACUUAUGGCUACCUCUAGUUUUGGGAAUCUUGAUGAAGAGUUGUCAGUCUCUGGUUCUCAAUAUGGUGCCAGCAGCUUUUAUGAGCUUGAGAAGUUCUUAUAUAGCUUUCUAGAUGGGUCGACAAUCCCAGGAAUGGAUAGAAUGAGGCUUAAACUUGAAACACCUGUUGCAAUUGCAGACAGACUAUUUUCUGCAUGUGAAACUCUUGUGACACAAGACUAUCGAUCCGCCAAGCAGGAUUUGGCUGCAAUAAAUGAUUUUGUCAAUAGUGUAAAUGAUUUUGCAUUGGAUAUGGAAAGUGAAAGCCUUUCUUGGAGGAGACAAACUCUAUCUAUGAUUGAAUCCUCUAAAUCACGUGUUGUGGAGCUUGUAGAAGCUACAAUGCAAUUGUCAAAUCUUGAUAUUAUUGCUUCGUAUGUUUUCAAAGGAGAGAAACAGGCUAUCCCUGCUACAUCAAGAAUUCAGAAUGACAUAAUUGACCCUUCUGUAUCAUCUGUUCAGAAAAUACUUGGAGAAUACAAAAGUUGGUUAUGCUCCAAAAAUACCCAACAAGGGAGAUCAUACAAGGAAUCUUUUGAGAAACGAUGGUCCUCGCUGAUUCAUGAAAAUAGUCAGAUGAGUGUUGAGACAUAUGAAUUGCUAAAGAAAGGGGAUGAAGCUGGCUAUAAGGUGAUUGAAAAUUUCAGCAGCAGUGCAGCUUCAAAGUCAUUUGAGCAAGAAGUACGAGAUACGAUUUUAGGGACGUUUGGUCAACUAGGAGUCGCUGGUUUUUCUGCUUCACUAUUGACAUCUGUACUGCAUACCACAUUGGAAGAUCUUCUUGCACUUGGAAUUUGUUCUGUUGGCGGGUAUUUAGCUAUAUCAAAUUUCCCAACUCGGAGGCAAAGUGUGAUAGAUAAGGUGAAAAGGAAAGCAGAUACCUUGGCAUAUGAACUUGAAGAGGCCAUGAAGAAGGAUUUGACUGAAGCUGUAGAAAAUUUGGAUACCUUUGUGAGAGUCAUUGGCAAACCUUACCAAGAUCAGGCGCAUAAUAGACUUAACAAGCUUGUUGAGAUUCAAGAAGAAAUAUCAAAUAUUGAUAAGAAACUUAGAACACUACAAAUGGAGAUACAAAAUCUUCAUGUGUCAUGAGUUCUUCUGGCUAUCGAAUGGAAAUCCCUCCACUUUUAGUUGCCAUGCCUCUCUUUAAGCAAGGAGGUCAUAUUUUUGAAUCAAUUGAUUAGAUAAUUUCCUUGAACAUAUUGUAGAAAAUCAUCUAUCUAUCAAGUAACAAAUGAGAAUAGAUGUUUAACUUGAUAUAAUGCAAUGGCAUCAAUAAACAAAAAAGUCACAUCAUUAGAAAAAUUAAAGUACUGUAUUUUGUAAUAAAUAUAUUUAACAUUAUUGUAAAUGAUGACAACACAUCAGUUUAUUA